AUGCUCGUUGUCACUGGUCAAAUGAAAUGUCGAGGAUAUCACUUUAGUGCCUAUACAACAGAGACGUUGCCUUUUGCACUUGCAUUAUCAAAUCGUCGCAGUCAUUAUUUUCUUUGUGCCAUGAGUGAAUAUAUGUAUGGCUAUCGAAAUAAUUCAUCGCGUUUUCAAUAUGAGCCAAAUUGUUGGAAUAACUCUCGAACAUUUAAUGAUCAACCGUAUGCUGUUUUUCCUGAUGUAUGUCAGACAUCUCGAGAAUGUAUUUCACAAUAUCGAAUUCAUGAUGGAUAUCACGACUGUAUUGAUAAAGAAGAUGACUUCAAAGACUUUGAUAAAGACUAUUGUACUGGUAAUGUGAAACGACAUCGUUUUCAAUGUUUUAACAAUGAACACAAAUGUCUAUUAGUCUCAUAUUUGGGUUCAGGAAAAAAUGAGUGUUCAAACGGUUAUGAUGAAAUAUGGUACGGUACUGGCAAUCCUAUUGCAAGAGAGAUCAAUUGCUAUGAAGGAAACAAUGCAGGUUGUGAUCGUUUAAGAGAGUAUAUUCGAUUGUCAUCAAUCACCAAUAUUUCAUUGCUUGAGCAUCAAGAGAAAAUAUCGAUUUCUCAAAUACCUUUUUAUUCAUAUUGCAAUAGUUUCUGGGAUCUCAAUAAUCAUAUUGAUGAAUCGAGUUUUGCAUGCAAAUAUUGGACAUGUCAACACUAUGAAUACGAAUGUCAAACUGGACAAUGUAUUCAACUUGAUUGGGUAUGUGAUGGUGAAUGGGAUUGUGCUGAUGCAUCUGAUGAAGAAGCUAUUGUGCUCAUUAAUACUUGGUCAGUACACAAUGCCAAACUCUCCGAGUUAAAUGAUAAAGUGAAGAAAUGUCGUGAACGAUAUUCUCAGUCUCCAUUUUCUACCAUAUGCAAUACUUCCUUUGAAUUUGGAUGCUAUCGAUCAGGAGUAUCAAAUCCAUUGAAUAUUGAUACUCAUCGACCAUGCAUCAAUCUUACUCAAAUUGGCAAUAAGAUCGAAGAUUGUUACGGUGGUUAUGACGAAAAAAAUACAUUUGAAAUUAAUUCUCGCAUGUUAGGUUACGAACUUGUCUGUGAAUCUACUCAUAUAUCAUAUGCAGCUGCUUGUCUUUAUUCUGUAUUCAAUAAUUGCACAACAAUUCUGUGUUCAAAUCAUCGUGAUGAAAAUGGAACAUGUUCAGGUACAAAUGAUUUUAUUUGUCUAAGAACAAAUGUUUGCAUGAAGAAUGCUCGAUGCAAUAAUAAACUUGACUGUCCCGAUGGAGAAGAUGAAUACUGGUGUAUUUCGAAUCCAUCGCAAAAUCUGCUACGUUACCGUUCUAAAAAAGAAAAGGAAUACUAUACAAAGCAGAGAUCAAUGCAUUUUUCAUAUUCUCCAAUCGUUGAUAUAAGCGUAACAAAUGAAUCGGCAAUGUCAAAUUCAAACAACACCAUUCGAAAUGACAGUUUAUUCAUUUCUUAUUCAUAUCAAUGCAAUCGAGGUGUUACUAUUCUUGAAGGGAAUACGACUCGAUGUUUAUGUCCGCCAGCUUAUUAUGGUAGUCGGUGUGAAUUCUUCACUGAUCGAAUUAGUGUCAUUACACAUGUUGCUCCCAACAUAUUAUCAAAUACGACGCUAAAAAUCAAAGCUAAUUUUGUAUUCAAGGAAACAAUCAUCGAUCAUCAUGUAUUUCAUGUUAUUCCAACAACUGAAGAUGUCAAGAUUUUUAAACAUAAAUUCUAUUUACUUUAUAUGCAAUCUAAUAGUAUGCUUGCACAUAAAAUACAGCGAUAUUUCAGUCGAUAUGAUGUGAUUCAUAAUCAUCCUUACUCAGUUCAUUUCGAUGUUUUUACACUUACAAUAAACAAUAGUAUUCAAGAACUAGGCUCAUGGCACUAUCCAAUUUAUUUUGAUUACCUACCAGGAUUUCGUCUAGCCGUUAUUUUAAGAUUUCCAUUCUGGUUUGGAAAUGAAACGUAUGAUCGUUGUUUGAAAAAUAAUUGCACUGAGAAUUCGACUUGUAAGCCGAUUUUCAAUCAAAAUAACUCCUAUUAUUGUUCAUGUAAAAGUGGAUUUUAUGGAAAAUAUUGUCAAAUGUAUGAACAUCGUUGUGAAUCGUAUUGUUCUUCUGAUGCACUCUGUCGAUUCGAUGAUAUCAAUAUAAAUUAUCCUUAUUGCAUUUGUCCAAUUGGUCGAUUUGGUCCACGUUGUCAUUUAAAAUAUGAUGAUUGCUAUUCAAAGCCAUGUUUGAACGAUGGAAUUUGCCAAACAACUUAUGAUAUAAGUGGCGAAAUAUCAUAUUUGUGUGCUUGUUCCGACGGAUACUUCGGAAAUCGAUGUCAAUAUAAGAAAUUAUCUGUUAGUAUCGAUUUGCAUAUGGCUCUAAUAUCAUCAGCUCGUGGCACAGUAGCUCAAAUUUUCAAUAUUCAUGAAUAUUCAUUGAAUUUGAAAUAUCAACAGGUCUAUUACGAUAUGCCAAGAAUAGUAUUUUAUGAUCAGGAUAAGAUUAUGCCGCCCAUUCUCGGACUUCUUAAAAUUUAUCAAGAUCUAUCAGAUCCACAAUAUUUUAUUAUGUACUUACUGGAUCAGAUAGUGAUCAAUAUUACUUCAUCUCCAAGACAUUGUCCACAUGUCUCGUCUCUAUUAUUGGAAAGUGAAGUUUUUCACAAAGAUCCUCAUCCAUCUGUUCCAGCCGUCUUCAAAUAUCAUCAGAUCUGUCAAAAUGAUACUCGUCGUUAUUGUUUUCAUGAUGAAAAUUAUCUGUGUAUCUGUCAAGGUGACAACUAUCGUGCAGAUUGUUAUAUUUAUAAUACUCAACUAGAUCAUUGUGAUAACUGCCUAUAUAGAGGAAAAUGUCUUCAAGGUGAUCGAAAAAAUCCAACCAACUUCAUAUGUCUUUGUCCAUUUUGUCAUCAAGGACAUCGAUAAUUUGGUCUAUAUUUUACAUCAUUAGUUUACUACAUUUCUGUGCCAUUCUAUUCAUGA